AUGUGUGUGGGAAUUGGCAUGCGCUCGUGCGGGCAGGUGGUGCAUGGGGCGGCAGGUGGUGCAUGGGGCGGCAGGUGGUGCAUGGGGCGGCAGGUGGUGCAUGGGGCGGCAGGUGGUGCAUGGGGCGGCAGGUGGUGCAUGGGGCGGCAGGUGGUGCAUGGGGCGGCAGGUGGUGCAUGGGGCGGCAGGUGGUGCAUGGGGCGGCAGGUGGUGCAUGGGGCGGCAGGUGGUGCAUGGGGCGGCAGGUGGUGCAUGGGGCGGCAGGUGGUGCAUGGGGCGGCAGGUGGUGCAUGGGGCGGCAGGUGGUGCAUGGGGCGGCAGGUGGUGCAUGGGGCGGCAGGUGGUGCAUGGGGCGGCAGGUGGUGCAUGGGGCGGCAGGUGGUGCAUGGGGCGGCAGGUGGUGCAUGGGGCGGCAGGUGGUGCAUGGGGCGGCAGGUGGUGCAUGGGGCGGCAGGUGGUGCAUGGGGCGGCAGGUGGUGCAUGGGGCGGCAGGUGGUGCAUGGGGCGGCAGGUGGUGCAUGGGGCGGCAGGUGGUGCAUGGGGCGGCAGGUGGUGCAUGGGGCGGCAGGUGGUGCAUGGGGCGGCAGGUGGUGCAUGGGGCGGCAGGUGGUGCAUGGGGCGGCAGGUGGUGCAUGGGGCGGCAGGUGGUGCAUGGGGCGGCAGGUGGUGCAUGGGGCGGCAGGUGGUGCAUGGGGCGGCAGGUGGUGCAUGGGGCGGCAGGUGGUGCAUGGGGCGGCAGGUGGUGCAUGGGGCGGCAGGUGGUGCAUGGGGCGGCAGGUGGUGCAUGGGGCGGCAGGUGGUGCAUGGGGCGGCAGGUGGUGCAUGGGGCGGCAGGUGGUGCAUGGGGCGGCAGGCACAGAGUGCCAGUGCUGA